AUGGAUUUCCUCGAGGUGGGCACAUUAAGUUUAUUUCCAUGGCGUCUUUAUUUUGACGGGUCUCGAACAUGUAACAUGGGUGGGGCAGACUUUGAUUGUACCAACAAUCAGGGCGAAUACGAGGCCCCGAUCAUAUGGUUGGAAAUUUUGAAAGAGCUUGGGGUAAAGAGUGUGGCGGUUAUGGGAGAUUCAAUGUGGGUCUUAAAACAAUUGUCUGGCGACUACAAGGUGACUAGCCAAGCUUUGCUCGGAUAUCAUGCCUUGGCCAGCCAAUUGAUGGAAGAUUUUGAUGAUGUGAGACUCGCCCACCUACUAAGAGAACAUAACACUCAGGCCAACGCCAUGGCCCAAUUAGCAUCCGGAGUGGAAAUCUUCGAGGGGCUCUCUGAGGAGCUUUUUAAAUUUGAGAAGCGAUCUCUCCCCUCUGUCUUUGAAAGAGGGACUCCAGCGGAAGUUAUGGUGUUAACCAUAGCACCGGAGGAUUGGAGGCACGACAUCGUGCAAUAUUUGAAAAAUCCAAAUAGGUCACAUAGCCAACAAGUUUAG